ACAGUCAAUCAAUGAUGGUGCUGGACACAGGGUGGAAUUUGUAGAAUCUGGAUUCCGUUAUUUGGUCCAAAAUGUCUUCGACACUACUUUCCAAGCGAUCCAUGUCGCUAGGGGACCAACAGGAAGCCCGACAGACCCUUUUAAGGGCUGUCAAAAAAGAGGUGAAGCAGAUAAUGGAAGAAGCGGUGACUCGCAAGUUUGUCCAUGAAGAAAGUAGCAGUAUUACUUCCCUUUGUGGGGCUGUAGAGGCUUGUUUACUACAUGGACUACGUAAGCGAGCUCUGGGGUUGUUUAAAUUCAGCAACACUACAGCUCUGCUGCAAAAAGUUUCCAAGUCGUUUGAGCCAGCUAUGGAGGUCGUUCGACUAGUCAGCGAUAUUGAACUGAAUAAUGAACCUUCAAGAACUCAAUCAAGGAAGUCCUUAGAUACAAAUAAGAAUCAGACCAAGAGACAGACGUCGAUCUCCUUCAGCCCUAAAUACCUCUGGAUACGGGUGGCCAUCUUUGAAAAACAGCUGGCUAAAAUUUUGGACUAUUUAGUGCAGAACCACAGCAAGUAUUAUGAGUCAUUUGCGCUGAUAACAGAUCCGGUGGACGGACCGAUCCUGGCAUCAUUGCUUGUUGGACCAUGUGCUCUAGACUACACGAAGAUGAAGACGUCGGAUCACUUCUGGACAGACCCGCCAGCGGACGAGCUUGUCCAGCGACACCGGAUCCACUCCGGGGGCCAUCACAUGACUGCAGGGGCCGUAUCACCGGGGUCACCAAAACGUCCGGGGCUCCAGGUCAGAAUGCAGCAGUUCCGACGUAACCCGAGCAGUAGUAGCGAGGAGAGUUCCAAAAGUUUCCACAUGUCGGCACGAGAAUAUGUGGAGUCCUUACACCAGAACUCCCGCUCAACCCUGCUAUAUGGGAAAAACAACGUGCUCGUACAACCAAAGGAGGGUAUGGAGGCCCUGCAGGGGUACCUGUCUCUACACCAGACUGUUGAGGGCCUCACUAUCAUGUGGACGCCCAACCAGCUCAUGAACGGAUGCUGUGAGGAUCAGGAUGAGGAAAUGGAUCGCAGCAAAUGUUGGCUGUGUGCGAAGGAUUCUCCUCUAGUUGUCCCACCAGGUACAUUUUACAGCCACUACUGGGAUUACGCAUUGACGAUAUUCCUGGAUGAGAUAGUCUAUAUACACUGUCAUCAGCAACCGGACUGCCGUGGGACCAUAGUCCUGGUUGGCCAGGAUGGGGUGCAGCGUCCCCCGAUACAUUUCCCGAAGGGUGGGCACCUGCUGGCGUGCCUUUCAUGUCUCGAGACGGGGUUACUCCCCCACGGACAGCUGGACCCGCCACUGUGGUCGCAACGCGGUAAAGGCAAAGUUUUCCCGAAAAUUAAGCGUAAGGGUAGCCGAUUGUCGAACCUGUCGUCGAGCAGUAAAGAGGGAAGCACAAGCUCAAGCACGAGCAGCACCGAUAUCGAGGAGGAGGCGACCGAUUAUGUAUUCCGCAUCGUCAAAGUGUUCAAGCCAGAGAAUAUACCCCCCGAGGUACUUGACCCUAAAGCCAAGUUUCGCCCUGCCGACCUGAUCCCAUGGGCACUGACGCGUAUUCCGCGGGGACCGAGCCCGUUGGCUGCAGACACCAUACAGACAUACGCGGAGUCACAAAAGGAGCAGAAUAACACACUCCUUACCAAAGUUGGACCCACACACAGGCAAGGGAACACAAUAAAACAGCUAUGUGAUACGAUGAGGAAACAGAUUAUAUCGCGGGCGUUCUACGGAUGGCUGGCCCAUUGUCGUCAUCUAAAGACUGUGCGUACACACCUGUCGGGUCUUGUGCUACAUCGGAUAUUCCCCAUUGAUCAGCCAUAUGACGCAUCAAAGGGACUCACAGCGCAAGCAUGGGAACAGAUGAACAGAGCUGGAACGGUGACUGGUUAUCCAGACAUAUAUAGACUGGUAUACUAUGGCGGGAUUGAUCAUGAAAUAAGAAAAGAGGUUUGGCCGUAUUUGUUAGGGCAUUAUAAAUUUGACAGUACGCAAGAAGAUCGUGAUUUUCUUGACAAGAAAACACAAACUCUCUAUGAAAAAACUAUGUCCGAGUGGUUAGCCAUUGAGGCUAUCAUAAAACAAAGAGAAAAGGAAAUAAUGGCUGCCAACUUGGCCAAAAUGUCGUCUGAAAGUACAGACGGGAACAUACCAUUGGUGAGAAAAGACUCAAGUUUAGACAAUGAUGUGUUUUUAUCACAAAGUUUCGACUCUGACGAGUUUUCCCACCCAGAAACAGUUCCGGAAGAAAGUAGUGCCACAGGAACUACUUGUUGUACCCCAGACAGGAAACAGAGUAUGGAUUUACAUUUUGAAGUGAGUGAUAAGGUCACACAAACUGAUGGAUGCUCUUUCAUGGAAAAGAGGGAAUAUCUGACGUCAUACACAACAGAUAGUCCUGACGAUGGCCUCGGUGACUCGAUAGCGAGGCAGAGUUCGCAGGAGCGGUCAAAACUUGACUCAGCUGAUUCUGAGGGUACAGACAUCUCAAAAACUGACCGGGAAGGAAGCAUUGACCGCAUGAGACUCAUGAAAAUGUCCGCAGAAAGUUCAGGGCUUGAGGAAGAUGAAAAUGAGGCAGAUGAUGAAGAGGAGGAUGAAGAUGAAUAUGGUGAAGUGGAAAUGGAAGAUGACAGUAUAUUAGACGACAUUGACAACCUAGCACCCGGUGUUGCCGGGGAGGACAAAUCUACUCCAACUGUCAUGUUAGACGAGACACCUGCUGUCGACGAGCGUGUACGUCAACUGUCCACGUCCAAGGAGAGCCUCAUGUCCCCAGCAUCACCUGCAUCCAAUGGCGGCAUCUACUCACCUGAACUAUUGGACAAUGUGGCGUUAAACCUCCACCGAAUUGACAAGGAUGUACAGCGAUGUGACAGGAACUACUUUUAUUUCAACAUGGCCAACCUCGAGAAACUGAGGAACAUCAUGUGCACGUAUGUGUGGGAACAUCUGGAUGUUGGAUAUGUCCAGGGCAUGUGCGACCUUCUAGCCCCGCUUCUGGUCAUCAUUGAUGAAGAGGCAAAGGCGUACAGCUGUUUCUGUGAGUUGAUGAAGCGCAUGUCGGCCAACUUCCCCCACGGUGGCGCCAUGGACACACACUUUGCCAACAUGAGAUCUCUCAUACAGAUCCUGGAUUCUGAACUAUUUGAACACAUGCAUCACCAUGGCGACUACACACACUUCUACUUCUGCUACCGAUGGUUUCUACUGGACUUUAAAAGAGAGUUUGUAUAUGAUGAUAUAUUCCUUGUGUGGGAGACAAUCUGGGCGGCCAAAUACAUCAGCUCCGCAAACUUUGUGCUAUUUAUAGCUCUAGCUCUCGUGGAGUACUACAGGGAGAUAAUUCUUGACAACAACAUGGACUUUACUGACAUCAUCAAGUUCUUUAAUGAAAUGGCCGAGCGUCAUGAUGCCAAACAGGUGCUGAAGAUUGCCAGGGAGCUGAUUUUGCGACAACAGACACUCAUAGACAACAAAUGAGACCAACCCAUUAAUUAUGUUAAGAAAUGAGACUUUAAAUGUAACCCAUUAAUUAUGUUAAGAAAUGAGACUUUAAAUUUAACCCAUUAAUUAUGCUAAGAAAUGAGACUUUGAAUAUAACCCAUUUAUUAUGUUAAAGAUGGGACUUUGAAUCUAAACCAAUUAUUAUGUUUAGAAAUAAGACUAUGAAUUUCACCCGUUAAUUAUGUUUAGAAAUGAGACUAUGAAUUUCACCCGUUAAUUAUGUUUAGAAAUGAGACUUUUAGUCCAACCCAAUUAUUAUGUUAAAUAAUGAGUCUUUGAAUUGAACCCAUUUUUAUUAUGUUAAGAAAUGAGACUUUGAAUUGAACCCAUUUAUUAUGGUAAGAAAUGAGACUUUGAAUGUAACCCAUCGGUUAUUUUAAAUAUUUGACUUUGAAUGGAACCCAUUGAUUAAGUUAAAAUAGCAAAUAGCACUUCCUUAUCAACUUGUAUCACUUUUCUGUAUAACAAAAACAAUUUGUAUGUAGAAAUAACUGAUUAAGUACCCCAGUAGGUGAAAUGUUUUUUCUGAUAUUACUUUUAAAUGAAAAAAGCAACCUCAUCAAGACAUCAGUAUUAGACACUAACUGUUAUUUGGCAUGAGUCUGCAUAAGUCUGUUGGACUAGCAACUUACAAAUUUGAGGAGUCCCAUUAAAAAUCAAAAAGUUCUGAGCAUAAACGACAUUCAUUGAAAAAAAAAACCCAGAUAUAUUUAUAGCUUAUAAGCUUCAAAAACAUUUGUUUUCAGGAAAUGAUAAGAUUACUUAUAUAUUCAAAGGAGCACUUAUUGUUACUGUAUUCUUUUGCCUGAGCUAGGAGACUGAUGGACUCCCAAGCUCCAAAAUCUAGAAGACCUUGCCAAAUCUUUGGAAUCUUGGAUUCCGGGGCUCCUUUUAGCAUCAAAGCUUGAAAAUACACAUUAUAUGUUAGUAAAAUGUCUUGUAUAUACCUGAUUCAAAUCAAAUUAUGUUUAUUAAUUAAGGUACAUAAAGGUUUGUGUUUUUUUAAGUAUGACGAAAUUUCUCACUGUUUAAAAACUGCUAGAUAAAAUUAUGCAGUAUUGAAAGAAUAUUUGAUUUCAGGCAAAUUUGUGUGAAAAAGUUUUAAUGACGUUACUGUCUGUAGUGUAAUAGGGCAUUAAUAUUUUCUAUAAAAAUAUCAGCUUUUUUGUAUGCGUUUGGAAUAUCAUAACUGUCAUUUAGUGCAUUGAAUAUAUUUAUGACUGACUUUUUAUAUUGUUAUAUGCACAAAUAAUCGUUUUCAUCUGUCAGAUGUGUUUUACUAAGUAACUAUAUAAUUAUAAAAUGAUUUAAUUUUGUGACGGUUUAAAUUUUGUUAAUAUACCAGUAGCCAACCACACUAUAUUGAAAGUUCAAAAUUUCAUUCUUUAAUUAAGAAACAUAUUGUGUUGAGUUAUAGAAAAACACUUUCUGUGACUGCCAUUGGAAUAUCAGGGAUGUGAUUUGCCCGCGGAUCUAUUGAAUCCAGGGAUAAAAACCAAUGGGGGCCUUAAAAGCACUGCCCAAAUCCAAUGCCAAAAUGGUUUCAGCCGUUUUAGCAGCUUGGUCAGUCACAUCCCUGAAUAUACUUUUAGGAAAUCUUUAUGAUAUUGGAAGAAAAACAUUAUGAAUAGUUUCCGCUAGUCACAAUAGUAUCACCACUACUGGUUUUCAUGAUAUGUUUUGCAUUUUUGAAGCUGUCUGUUAAACUUGCUAUUUAUUUGAACGUUAUUUGUUUAUAUAGGUAUUUAUUAUUUUUGCUAAAAACUAUUUACUUGGCAUAAGCGGGUCACAAACCAAAUUAAUUGCUAAAUAAAUCCAAAUUAAUAAGAAAUUAUAUCUUUCUUAGUGUUUGGCACAAAUGUCUCUAUACUAGUCAGUAAGCAUGUAUAAAUUACUUAAUUGAACUCAAUUUUUAAAACUAGUUAAUGACUAAAUGGAUAUUUGGCAGUUGUUUCUGCCAGAGUUAAAGAAUUAAAUACAAUCCCAUUUUGGAAGCAUAGGCAUAAACACUUAGAAACUUUGUUUGAAAUAUAUUUUUUAUAUUAUACUUAUUUUAUGAAUGCUUAUAUCAAACUAUACUUUAAAGAGACUAGACACCAGUUGGUCCCAAAACCAACAAAUACAGUAUUUCCUCAAAACAAGCCUAGAUUUAUCAAUACACGCUAGUAUGAGGCCAAUUAUACAUCAUUUACAUGAUUAAAAGAAUAUUAAAUUUUUGUUGCUGUUUCAACUUAGUAAACCAGAUUAAAAAAAUGCAUGAUGGUUUCCCAGUUUAUAGUCGGUUUAUUUAGCAUUUAGUGAAAGUCAUGUGAUUAGUACAGAUACAUAUACUGACGCUUUUCUUAAAAUAAUUGGAAUUUACAUGGUAGACAAACCCAGGAAAUUUCAAAUUGGAAAAAUACACAAAAACUGCUUAAAAUACAUGUGUUGUAAGCAAUGUGAUACAUCAGUACGUAAGAUUCAAUGCGUUGUACACAAUGAUAUCAAUUAAAUGAACUUUUUUGACAAUUUACUUUUUAUCUUAUAAUGGUGUCUAGUCCCUUUAAACCUUAACCACUGAACCAAAAUGUCAGUCUUCAGGGGCAUUGAGUGCAAUAGCGUCGUUUGCAAUGCAAUGUUUUUUUAGUGCUUGGUGGACACAUUUAGUGAUUUUGUUUUGUUGUUUAAAUAAUUAGUGAUAAAUUUGUAUACGUCCAUAUAUAUAUAUGAAUCAUGAAGUUUAAUAGACAUAAAUGUAUAUGGUGAUUAUUUUAUUUUUCAUCACUUGUUAUAGGUUGUUUAGAAAAAACACAGUCACCAUCAUUCAUUUAAUUCCACUAAAAAAAAACCUUAAAAAGCUGAAAUUGAUUUUGAUGUUGACAGAGUUCGGAAUAAUCAGCGCAAUGAUGAUGUUAACAAUACUGUUUUCUUCCACAAGUUUCUAUACAAACAAAUUUUAGAGUAUAUAGAUCUAUUGAUCAAAAUUUAUUUUCUGUUUGAGUGAUUUUUAUCUCUACAUCAGUUUCUUUCAGACAUAUAAUAUUUUUGUUUUGUUUUAUAUGACUUCGAUCUAUUGUUAUUGAUUUCUUUGAUCAGUUGCAUAUCAUUUGUUAAGUAUUAGACCAUCUUUGGUCGAAAAUGUAUUACUCCAUUGACAGGGGGUCCAACGUUAUUUAUUUUUGUGGAAUUUUAAGUGAGGGACAUGUUCGAUGUGGAAGAAAAUGGCAGGUUCUUUAAGUAUUUUGGUGUUUAAAGGAUAAAUUGACCUGGUAAAAUUCUGCAAAAAAGUUACGUUGGACCCGCUGCAUUAAACACCCUUUGAAAAUUGAUUGCACAAACCUUGUAGUCAUGAAUAAUGAAUGAGGUGAUAUCCGGACAUUUGAUUGGACGCCUGGUGAGACACAGGCGUUAUGGUUUAAUUUGAAUAUUCAUGUUCCUUUUUUCUACAGAAUAUUCAUCAGAGUAAUCAAACUAAUAAAAAGUGGGUUCUGACCAUGGUAUUAGACAUCUAUUUCACAAUGGUUAUUAUUUAUCCAUUUAAUAGAAUCAGUAGUAUGAUCCAUUUGUAAUUAAUUUCGUGUUGACAUUGGAUGUAGUUUGUUAUUGAGUAUAUUUUCAUCAUGAAAUUUGUUUCACUUUUGGUUAGAUUAAGUUUUCAUACUGUGGUAAAAUUACCCUUUUUAAAUAAAGUGAUAUUCUUUUGAAUCAAAGUUCUUUUUUUAAUUCAGAUACAUUAUCAUUAUUUACAUUAACUAUUUACCAGUGGAUGCCCUUGCCGUAUCUUGUUAGUAAAUUAAUUUUGAUAUUAUCGUUCUGUUUUGUAACACAAUUAAUUAUUGUAUAUUUCUGUUGUUAUUUAUACUUUCAUUGAUUCUACACCUUCAAAACAGUAUGACACAUCAGUCAGUUUUUACAGAUACGAGUACAACUAGGCACUCCAGAAAUUGUGGGCAUACGAAUUCUGAAAUUGAAAGUAGAAAUCAGGAAUGAAUAUCAAAGCUAAAUGGCUGUAUGUAUACAUGCAAAAUUGAACUGGUUACAAUUUCAAUGAAUAUUGGUGUGCAGAAAACUCGAAAAUGCUUGUUUUAUUACUGAAUUCUUGCUGUAAGAAUUUUCAUGUUUCGCCCCGACAAUAAGAAGUUUUUGAAGUAUGGUAAUGUACCAAGUCUCAUUUACACCAGUCAAAAGGUCAUUUAAGGUCUUAUGACAUGUAUUAUUUUAUAUUUCUGAGAGACAGUAUGGAUCUGACAUGAUGUAUUAUCCGAACCCAGUAGGGUUACAGAUACCAAUCCAUGUCAGUUACUAUUGUUAUUUACUCUUGUUAUAAUCAAAAUAUUUUUUACAUUCCAUAUUUUUCAGAUAUUUAUAUUUUUAUUUAAGAGUUUUCACUUUACAGAUUGAAUCUCAUAUCCAACAUGUUUUGGUUGUUGCUGUAGUUUUGUGAUCAUUAUUAUUGCAUUUUGUUAUGUAUGAAAAAUGUUAUACAUAUUUGUUACCCACCUUAUUUGCUCUUAUUAUAAAAGCAAAACACAGUCAUUAAUGGUUGCCCAAAUUAAUCUUCACAUAAGGUCACAACUUAAAAAUUGUUUGUUAAGCAUUCCUCCUACCCAGAUUUUAAGAUGUGGGUAGGUUGAUAUUUGUUAUUUGAUUAUUGUUUUUAACCUUAAAGCUGCACUCUCACAGAUUGACUGUUUUGACAACUUUCUUUACUUUUUGUCUUUGAAUCAGCCAAUAUUUGUGUAAAUAUCUUGAAACCAGUGAUACAUGACUGCUGACAAAAGAUCUCAUCGCAGUUUUUCAUAUUUACAUUUGAAAAUUGAUGUAUAAUAGCUAUUAGCAAUACUUACACUUUAUGAAAAAUCAAAUUUACGGCAAUUUUUUAAACAAUGGAGAUCUGUUCUAUUGUGUGUUAUCUUAUAUAUGACUGAAUUUAAGGCAUUGAUACCAAAAUAAACUGAUUCCGAGACAAAAACAAAAAAUAUCAAAACUGUCAAUUUGGGAGAGUGCAGAUUUAACCCAUUUUUUUCCUUUGAAAAAUAAAACAAAAAAAUAAAAUAAUAUGACCACCAGAUAGGCUCAAAAACUGUCAGGUUGUGGAUUGUCGGUUGGGAUUUGCCAAACAAAAACUAUUUAUUAACUGUGGUCUUAGUAAAGUUAAAUGAUGAUCUUAUUUUACCCACAAUGCAACACUUUGAUAAUAUUGUAUUUAAUUGUGUCCAUACAUGUGAUUAUUUCCCCAACUCAACUGUAACACAGUGUUAUGCAGUUUGAAAGAAUGCUUAUAUCUCAAGAUGAUGUGUUUUCAUCUGAAAUGUCCUACCAAUGCUAUCACAUGAUUAUUAUAUUGAUGUUUAAUGUAAAUUAAGUCCGUAUUGAAUCAGUCACAACCUGUGUCAUUUCAUUUAAGAUUUACAAAUCAUGUGACCUUUUCAGUGAAGUUGUAUGAAAGAGACUGAAGUAUACUUACAAAAACUUACAGCUUGUAUAUUUUUCGAAAAUAAAAUGGGCCCCUUUAAAUUUGCCUUUAGUACUUUGUUACAAGUAGACAAAUAUAUAUUUUUGAAUCACAGUAGCUACAUUUUACAUGCUAUAAAAAAACACUGAAAAUUAUUUAUUAAAAAUUCAAUCCAAAAAUUUUAGCCUCAUAAUUUAAGUGUGAGAAAAUACAAAUUAAAGAAAAAGUGCUGAUCACCAGUGGUUCGAAAUCACAGCUAUUUACACAUUGGCACUGUCUCUGGGGCAGUCUAUCUGGAAGGUCACAUGACUUGAUGAUGUCACUUCCUGUAUACUAGUUGACCAAAUAUUGUUGGAAUAAAUUCGUCAAAUCA